AUGACGAUGGGGCAUGGGCUGCUGCCCUCUUGCCUCGUCGUCGCCCUGCUCCGCGCCUGCGCCACGUCCUCGGAGGAGGCGCUGCGCGCGCGCCUGCAGGCCGCCGCGUCGUCGCGGUCGACGUGGUCGCCGACGGCGCCGCCGCGGGACGGCGCCGCGCCGCCGCUGAACCUCACGGCGUCCCUGCGGCGCCGCGGCGCCCACGCCGGCGCCGGCGCGCCGCGCGACGCCGACGUCCUCGUCGCCGUCCUCCUCUCCGGCGACGUCUCCGAGUUCGCGCAGGCGCCGCGGCCGAGCGCGUGGCCGCGCCGCGUCGAAGCCGCGCUCGACUUCUUCGUGGCGUUGGAAUCGACGCUCGGCGCCGCGCCCGGCGCGCGCUUCGACGUCGCGGCCCUCGUCUUCGAGGACGCCCCGGACGCGCCGGGCCUGGACUUCGGCGAGCGCUACCACCACUGCGACGCCUACCGGUCCUUCGCCGCCAAGGACAAGUUCGCGCGGACCUGCCGCUGCGACGUGCACCAGCUCCUCGCGCGGUCCUUCCUGCCGCUGCGCACGGUCGACGCCGGCCCCGGCGCCGGCAAACGCGCGGCGGAGCUGCUCCGCGGCCUCGCGGCGCCCUACGGCGUCGUCGUCCUCGUCGACGGCGCCGGCGCGCUCGCGGCCGCGGCCGCGGUACACGAGCUCGCGGCCGCCGCGCGGCGCUCCGGCGCCGCGCACGCCGCCCUCGGGCCCGGCGAGCUCCCGAAGCUGCCCCGGGCCGCGAAGCAGUUCGCGGCGCACCCGCUCAACUUCGCGCGCGCGC